AUGGCGUCCCGUGAUCUCGCCGCACGACGAUCCGGAAUCUUCUCGCGAUCGACAAUUGUCCCCGUCUUCAGCCACGUCCGCCGCAACGAACGUCCGGGAUCUUGGUUUUGUGGCUUAACCAAGAAACCGUCCACCAACGUUCUCUCGCUGUGUCGUCAGCCCCACGGGCAUCUCAGCGACGCGUCCGUACUGUUGGCCGACAUCCCCGGCAGCUUCACCGGCGAGCAGGGGGCGUUGCCCAACGUGGGAUCUCUGAGGGGCUUCGACGUCAUCGCCAACAUCAAGGCGCAGGUGGAGGCCAUCUGCAAGCAGACCGUCUCCUGCGCCGACAUCCUCGCCGUCGCCGCCCGCGACUCCGUCGUCGCGUUGGGAGGGCCCUCAUGGACGGUUCCCCUGGGGCGGAGGGACUCCACAACCGCGAGCCAGACCCUGGCAAACAACGACCUGCCGCCUCCCUUCUUCAACCUCACCGACCUCAUCAGCGCCUUCGGCAACAAGGGUUUCACCGCGACCGACAUGGUUGCCCUCUCCGGGGCGCACACGAUCGGGCAGUCGCAGUGCCUCAACUUCAGGGACCACAUCUACAACGACACCAACAUCAACCCGGGGUUCGCGAGCUCGCUCAAGGCCAACUGCCCGCGGCCGACCGGCUCCGGCGACAGCAACCUGGCGCCGCUCGACACGUCGACGCCGUACGCGUUCGACAACGCCUACUACACAAACCUGCUAAGCCAGAAAGGGCUCCUGCACUCCGACCAGGAGCUCUUCAACGGUGGCAGCACGGACAACACUGUCAGGAACUUCGCCUCCAGCAAGGCGGCCUUCAGCAGCGCCUUCGCCGCGGCCAUGGUGAAGAUGGCCAACCUCAGCCCGCUGACCGGAUCCCAGGGACAGAUCAGGCUCACCUGCUCCAAAGUGAAUUAAGAAUUGCCACCAUAUAGUAUACAAGUGCGUUUUCAGGCUAAUAAGGCUAGCACGGCCACCAUGCAUCUUAGUACGCUUUACACACAAUUGUGCACCUAGAUGAAUGAGGAAGUCUGACUGUGAGAUGCUGCAAAAGUGGCAUGCAUGGAUCAGCUCAGACAAAAGAUGCUCGUGUAUUUCAGGGGCUCCAUAUAUGCAAAAGCAUGAAGGAUUCCCUUGCUUAAUGUUACUUCUCUCUGCUUAAAUAUGGCCCAGCCAUCAAUCAGUC